UAAGAAUUCAAUUCAUUUGAUUUGAAUCUUCAUACUAAGGAUUCCAUGGUUCUUGUGAAUUUGAAUCGUAGGGAAGAUCAAGCGAGUUCAUCGUCUAUGGCUUUAGGUGAAGUAGACUUCUUUUCUGAUAAGACUGAUCAUAUUCAUAUUGCUGUUGUCAACAAGGAAGAUGAUUCAGUCACCCCAAGAGAAUUAGAGUUGAAUACUGGUUUGCAACUUCUUACUGUUAAUCCUGGAAGUGAUCAAUCAACGGUAGAAGACGGGAUUUCAUCAGAUCGAGAUAGGGUGGAGGAUAAUAAGCUAGACAAGAAUGAAUUGGCAGAAUUGCAAGUUGAGCUUCAAAGAAUGAAUUCCGAAAAUCAGAAAUUAAGAGGGAUGUUUACUCAGGUCAACAACAAUUAUAAUGCACUAAAUAUGCAGCUUGAAGCACUCAUGCACCAACAACAAAAUUCAAGUGAAGAAAAAAGGAAGAUUGGGGAAAGAAAAUCUCAAGAGAAGAAAGAGAAAAAUGUAGAAUCGAGAGUUUCAAGACAGUUCAUGGACUUGGCCCCGGCUGCGGUGAAUGAGACGGAUGAACCAUCAAAUUCUUCAUCAGAAGAAAGAAUACUCUCUGAAUCACCUCACAACAACAUGGAAUUGUUAAGUAAUAAAAGGAUUGGAAGGGAAGAGAGCCUGGAAUCAGACUCCUUGGCUCCUCUCAAGGUUCUGAAAUUGAAUCCCUCGAAGCUUCUCGAUCGUUUACCUGAGUCUACCGUGAAAAAAACUAGGGUUUCAGUUAGAGCAAGAUCAGAAGCUCCAAUGAUAUCUGAUGGAUGCCAAUGGAGAAAAUAUGGACAAAAAAUGGCAAAAGGAAAUCCAUGUCCACGAGCUUAUUAUCGUUGCACUAUGGCAGUUGGUUGUCCAGUACGCAAACAUGUUCAAAGGUGUGCCGAGGACCAAACAAUCUUGAUUACAAGCUAUGAAGGUCAACAUAAUCAUCCACUGCCUCCGGCUGCCAUGGCUAUGGCUUCCACCACCUCUGCCGCCGCCAAUAUGCUUCUUUCCGGAUCCACCACGAAUACUGAUGGGUUAAUGAAUACAAUUUCUCCGGCGAGAACUAUUCUUCCUUAUUCGUCUAACAUUGCUACAAUUUCAGCUUCCGCUCCAUUUCCAACUGUUACAUUAGACCUCACACAACCUCAAAAUUCAUUACAGUUCCAUAGGGAAUCACCUGCCCAAUUCCAAUUCCCUUAUCCACUGCCAAUGACUCAAGUUUUUGGGUCGAAAUAUUCGGGGCUCCAUGUGUCUCAGGAUAUCAAAUCCACCUUGCCAAGCCAGGCGGAGCACCACCAGUCCUUUAGCGACACACUUAAAGUUACAACGGCAGCCAUUGCCGCCGAUCCUAAUUUCACUUCCGCCCUUGCCGCCGCAAUCACCUCCAUCAUUGGUGGCGCACAUCCAGUCGACAGUGACAACUCAGCCAACGAUAAUUCCAAAUAACGUGUUCAUGCUUUUUGAAUAUAUGUAUUAAUUACCCCUCAGACAAAAAAGUUACUUUCUUUUCUCGUUCCAUGUUUUAGUAUAUACACGUCGCAUUAUUAUUUACACCAUUUGUUUUAGUGAGAUCGAAGACUGUAAGUUUUGGGUUGCUGUUUUUGUGAGUCCAGUCCACUUGUUCAAAGACAGUCCAUUAUAAAGCGAACAUGAUGACCUGCAAAUGGAGGAAUCUGGAAAGUUUGAAAUCGCGAUUUCAAAACGCAUCUUUAGUCUAAUGAAACGGUUUGUGUGGAUUGAAGACAAGUGGCAGAACAUCAGCUGUUGGAUCUUUUGCUCUCAUAUAAAUAUGCGUCUUGAGAUUUUUUAGGGUUACGUUCUGUAUUCUGAGGGCUUUCUUGGCUGCAUGCCUUCUCAUCUUCUCCGUUCUAAUUUUUGGUCUUCUCUGAAAAUACCGAGUGUGAUUUUGAGAGAAUUAGUAGAGAAACUCUUGUGUGAUUUCUACUGUGGGACGAUUGUGUUGUACUUGUGAUUUCUGGGAGCUUUGUGUUAUGUAAAUUGAACCUUACCUAUUUUGGCGAAUUUAGUGGAUUCGAGCUUAAUCCUUUAUGAA